AUGGAUUUUUCAAAAGAUGCACUGUCGAUUUAUAUGGCGUUAUGCCCAUCUGAGGCUGAAAUUCAUCUACAACGUGAAGAAGCUGUCAAAUAUUCGCGUCUUCCGGAAACUUCAAAAAUCGAAUAUUUGAGUGAGUUUUUGAAUGAACGUCAGAAAAAAGAAAUUCUCUUUUUUUCAAUGUUACUUAGAAAAUAGGAAAAUAAAAUUGAAUCAUCAUUCAUCACAACUUUUCACUUUCGUCAUUCAGAUACACUUUUUGCAAAUCACCCGACGGAAAAGUUUUGAAAUCUGGCGCUGAACUUGAUUCAACAUACACAGAUACCGGAUAUGCCUCUGGUUUCAAACAUAGCUGCCGGUGGAAUUACCACUCCUUUUUGUGUGAGUUUAUAAUUUUAAAAUUGAUAAAUUCCUUUUCUUUUUUAUUAAAAUGCAUUGAUUUAUAGAACAUCAUCAUCUGGAAAAAAUGUGAAAAUAUUGAUGAAGUUGGUCAAUUCAUUCAAAUAAGGAGCUUGUAAUCACGAGGCUUUUUGCCAAGUUCUUGGCCAGCAAAAUGGGAGAUUUCAAAAGAAUUUCCAGUUUGACCGUUGGGAUGGAGAAAAAAUCGUUUUGAAUUUAUUCACAAGUUAGUUUUAUUUAUUCAAUUUUUAAAAAGGAAAUAAAAAUUCACCUUUAUGUAUUGACAGAUUUUACAAUGCCCAUUGUUGCGCUGCCAAGUCCACAUUGCCAGCAACAUCAAAGACAAAUUUGGAAAAAACGGAAAAGAACUAGUCGACAUUUUAAUGGGAUCGAUGGUAAAACUUUUACUUCUAGCUUGAUGAACUAUCACUCAAAUAUUUUUCAGAGUCCUUCUGGGAACUGGAUCAUGGGACUUUUGCAGAUUGCGGAACAUUGAUGAAAUGUUGA